AUGAAAUUUAUUCCAGUGAAAGAACGUGAAAAUUCGUAUAAUCUUAGCGGGAGUACUCUCAUUCUGCCUGCUAUUUCCAUUGGGAACGUUCCUCAACUUACAGUUGAUCUUUUAAUUACCACUUUAAAUUUGCAACGAAUUGGUUUUCUGGAAGAUGAAAAUGUUAUUCCGGUGGUUGUCCAUCAAUCUGAUGAUAAUAAAUGGACGGUUAUCCAACAAAGAGCUCCAGUAAUCAAGAAAAGAUGGAAUAUUUUCGCUGAAAAUUUAUUGGCUUUUAUAAAGCAAUCCCAAUUUUCAAAAGUAGUUUUAUUAUCAAGUGCCGAUGCUACUAGGAGAACGGAUAUUCAACUUACAGG